UCUGUCUUCAAUUAUAUUCCUUAAUUUGAAUUCAAUGGAGUUCAUAACACUUGUAAUUCAAUGCCUCUCUCUUCUAAUUCUCUUCUCAACAACUUCCCUUUCUGAAACGCCACACACAAUUCCUCGUCUCACUCCUUUCUACCGGUCCAACCUACGACGCACAGAAUCUUCUUCUUUCAACAAUAUUCUUCCUCCGGAAUUCAGAACCUAUUAUUACAACCAAACGUUGGAUCACUUCAAUUAUAGACCUCAAAGCUAUGCCACCUUCAAACAGAGAUACAUAGUUAACUCCAAGUACUGGGGUGGCGCCCAAUCCAACUCCCCUAUCUUCGCUUGGCUCGGCGCUGAAUCUCCCAUCGACUAUGAUCCUCUAGACAUCGGAUUUCUCACUGAUAAUGCCCCUCGUUUUAAGCCUCUUCUUGUUUACAUAGAGCAUAGGUACUAUGGGGAAUCAAUUCCAUUCGGGACCAUGGAAGAAGUUUUGAGAAACGAGAACAUUCGUGGCUAUUUUAACUCGGCUCAAGCUUUAGCUGAUUAUGCAGAGGUGUUGUUGUAUAUAAAGAAGAAAUACUCGACUCAAGAUUCUCCCAUCAUCGUUGUAGGGGGAUCAUAUGGAGGAAUGCUUGCUUCGUGGUUCCGGUUGAAGUAUCCGCACGUUGCUCUGGGUGCCUUAGCUUCAUCAGCUCCCAUUCUCUACUUUGACAAUAUCACACCACAAAAUGGAUACUAUUCCAUAGUGACCAAAGACUUUAGGGAAGUUAGUGAGAGUUGUUAUCAAACUAUAAGAAAAUCAUGGUCCAUUAUUGACAAAAUUGCUUCCAAGCCAAACGGCCUCUCCAUUCUCAGUCGCAAGUUCAAGCUUUGCCAGGACUUAACCUCGUCCGGGGAGCUAAAGGGUUACUUGAAUUCAAUAUAUGCGGUAGCUGCACAAUAUGACGCACCGCCGGAAUAUCCAGUGACGGAGGUGUGCGGCGGCAUAGAUAGCGCGCCCAAAGGGGCUCAUAUUCUUGACCGGAUUUUUGCUGGUGUCUUUGCCAGUGAAGGGAACCAAUCUUGCUAUAGUAUUCCCACCGGUACUGCUAUUCGGGGAUGGAGUUGGCAAAAAUGUAGUGAAAUGGUGUUUCCGAUCGGGCGUGGCGAUGGGGACACCAUGUUCUUUCCAGCUCCUUUCAAUCUGCAGCAAUUUUCUCAAUACUGCAUAAAUCUCUUUGGGGUUACACCUCGACCACACUGGAUCACAACCUAUUAUGGAGGACAGGAUAUCAAAUUAGUUUUGAACAAGUUUGGUAGCAACAUUAUUUUCUCUAACGGACUAAGAGACCCAUAUAGCAUUGGAGGGAUUUUGGAGAAUAUAUCAGAUACUAUACUUGCCGUCUAUACCCGUAAUGGGUCUCACUGUCUAGACAUACUUGGGGAAAGUAAAAUAGAUCCAGAUUGGUUAACCGAGCAACGAAAAAGGGAGAUUGAGAUAAUACAAGGAUGGAUAACUAAGUACUAUGCUGAUCUUCAAGCGUUCAAGAAAUAGAAGACAAAUAAAGUUUUUUGGUACCGUAUUCAGAAUAAUUUCCGUUUGCACCGAACCAACCUAAUUAAGGAAUAAAGUGAAUUUCCGAAUUUUCUUGAGGGGAAAGAGUACAUGUUGUCACUCAUGCCCAUCAAGCUAGUCAAACGGGCAAUGAAGAUAUAAUCAUAAUAUAUUUAUUGUACCCAAUCUUAUUAAUAUUAAUUAAUGUAUUUACUAGGUCUAUAUAUACACUUAAGUACUAAUAGAAAUUGAAUAUUGUAAAAUAUUUUCUGAAUUUUCACGGUUAGUAAAUGAAU